UGUCUGUCCGUCUCUCCAUCUAUCCAUCGACAUCGGGUCGUUUUCAGGGUAGGAGGAGGAAGAGGUCAUUGUGGUCUGUUGUGAAAUUUGGGAGGAGGAGAAGAAGUUAUUCCUCUACACGGUGCAGGGUUGGGAGUUGUGGAUCGUAGGGUUUCUUUGUUGUAGCGUGUGGGCGUCGAGGUUGGGCAAAUUCCAGUGGUGCACCUAUAGCAAUGUCAGACGAGGAGAACAAGGAGGAGAAGGAACUCGACCUUACUUCAGCAGACGUUGUCACUAAGUAUAAAAAUGCUGCAGAAAUUGUUAACAAGGCUCUACAAUUAGUAGUGGCCGAGUGCAAAGCUGGAGUGAAGGUGGUCGACCUGUGCGAAAAGGGAGACUCUGUCAUUAGAGAUCUUACCGCCAAUGUAUUCAAACAGUCGAAAAAGAAAAUCGAGAAAGGAGUCGCUUUUCCGACUUGCGUGUCACUGAACAACACCGUCUGCCAUAACUCCCCUCUGGCUAGCGAUGAGUCACUCGUCUCCGCCAACGAUAUCGUGAAAAUCGAUCUAGGAUGUCACAUCGAUGGAUUUGUGGCUGUGGUUGCCCACACUCACGUCGUUCAAGACGGUCCAGUGACCGGAAGGGCCGCUGAUGUCAUAGCUGCUUGCAAUACUGCAGCUGAGGUUGCCCUCCGGCUGGUCAGGCCUGGAAGGAAGAACAAGGAUGUGACAGAAGCACUUCAAAAGGUGGCUGCCGCCUACGACUGCAAGAUUGCAGAGGGAGUGCUCAGUCACCAAAUGAAGCAGUUUGUCAUAGACGCGAACAAAGUAAUCUUGAGUGUAUCGAAUCCCGAGACUCGCGUUGAUGAUGCAGAGUUUGAAGAGAACGAGGUUUACGCCAUCGAUAUCGUCACCAGCACUGGCGAAGGGAAGCCAAAGCUUCUUGACGAGAAACAAACCACUGUUUACAAGCGGGCUGUUGACAAGAGCUAUCAUCUCAAAAUGAGAGCAUCUCGGUUCAUUUUCAGCGAGAUUAACACCAAGUUUCCUAUUAUGCCCUUCACUGCAAGGGCUCUUGAAGAGAAGCGGGCCCGACUUGGGUUGGUGGAAUGUGUCAACCAUGAGUUGCUACAGCCAUACCCUGUACUUCAUGAGAAGCCAGGGGAUCUCGUGGCUCACAUCAAAUUUACUGUUCUUCUUAUGCCUAAUGGAUCUGAUAGAAUUACUGGGCAUGCUCUACAAGAGCUACAGCCUACUAAACCUCUAGAAGACGCCGAAAUUAAGGGCUGGUUAGCUUUGGGUACCAAGGCCAAGAAGAAAGGUGGUGGAAAGAAGAAGAAAGGCAAGAAGGGCGACGGUCCAGAUGAUGCCGGUGAGGGAGAGGCAGCAGGAGAAGCUGAGAGCAUGGAUACCUCAUAGAUGCCUAAUCCAAGAUGUAAAGAGAACAUGGACACUGGUGGUUUCUAGUUCUCCAGCGUAUAUGUUCCUGAUUAGAUUAGCCACACAGCAUACCGCAAGCCCUGGUAGGCUGCUUGUUGCUUUUUCCUCGAGUAGGUUGUGUUGUAAUGGUGAGUGUUUGGAAGCAAUCAAUCCUUCGCCUGAAAUUUUGUUCUUAUUUCUCUUGUGAACCGAACGUUUUCCCUAGGAUGAGAAAUUUGUCUUCUUCACCAAGAAGACGUGUUCAUGAAGAGUUGGUGAAUCAAACGACCAGUCAGAGAUCACUUGGGCAGGGAGUCCGGUGUUCGGUAAUUCUGUUUCGUAAGAAUACUCAUUUUACCACUUCGAUCCAUUGAGUGUCACAGGAUGCCUGUUGGCUUGGAGUACACUUUUGUAAACAUGUAUUCUGAUUUCCAGUAUGAUGGUUCGGACCGACUUCACUCCAUCUGAACAUCUGAGCAAGAAGAGGAGAACAAGUUUGUCUUUUGAUCUUUUCAUUUUGUCCCCUAUCCACCCGAGAAAGUCUAAGAACAAAUUUGAAGGGUUAAUGAAGAUGGAAGGUUUGAUCACUUCGGCGCACGAGGGGUUGAGAAAACGAGCAGGAGAAGUGCGCAGGGAGCAUGUGGUUGAGUUUGUGAGGGUACUGACUGUCGUAGAUCAAGAUACAUUCGUAGGCUCUAACAGAGUCAGUUUACCUUGCUUACUGAACUUCAGACUGCACCAUGUCUAAAGUUGAUCAUUUGGUGAACCACUUGAACCACACGAACUGAACCCUCUCGUUGCAAGUGGUUCACUUUAUGUGAAGAUGAAGCAUUUACACCUCGAUUCUAUACCAGAAAGAGUCGCGAGAGAAAUGUAAGAUGUGUCCCAC